AACCAUGAGAUCAAUGGACAAUUUACUUUCCACGCAUACGUCAUAAGCAUCACAUGCGACCCUCAAUUCCACAUUUCCGACAAUACAGUUCAUAUCCAACGACAAUCAUUGCAAACGAUGACGGAUUAUGAGACACGCCGACUGGAAAACAUCAAGCGCAACCAGGCCUUGAUCAACGAGCUUGGGAUUGAGAAGGUCAAGCAUGAGUCUUCAGCAAAACGACCGCCCCCAAAGAAGCGCAAGCUCUCGCCAUCGGCCACACGACCCACGCGCGUUUCGGCGCGUAUAGCCUCGACAGACCGUCCUAUCUAUAAUGACGAGCCUUCAACAUCGAAUAAUGUGUCCUCACGAUCGUCACGAAAGGCCGGCUCAAAGAAAACACACACUGCUGUAGCAGACGCUGUCGAGACGCGACCUGCCUCACCUCCAGCAGAUCUCGAGGACAUACGAAAAGGCUGGACAGCUUGGGAGCCGGUUGCGCCUCCGUCGACAAGAGACGAAGAUGGUACAUUCCACUUUGACGAGCAUCCAACCUUCCUGCCGAACAAAUCGCCAGCCGAGUUGCUCGCAGAAGGUGCCUUUGGAGGCUCUUACUACAGGCCGCUUUACUCCAAGCGUCUACGCACCACAAUAGAGGACGACUGGAAAGAGCUCCCUGCAGAAUGGCUCAAAGACUUGAAUGUCGAGACCUAUCUCACUAGUCCGGAGUAUGACCCUGACGUCAACAAGUUCAAGGUCAAGUGUGGGCAAUCCAUUGAAGAGUGGGAGGCUGCUGGAUGGAUAGCACAUGCCUACGAUGUAAGAGGCUGGUUUCAAUGGUAUACGCGGUUCUGGCUAGGCCGUCGUUGCGAGGAUGAUGACAGACAAAUUGGCAGAUGGGAACGCUGUGUUGGCGAAAGAGGGCGCUGGCGACGCAUGCUUCUGAAGAAAUACCUCCAGGCUGGGGUCAAGACAGUCGCUGAUGAAGGAGUCGACGAAGAAGAAGUGUCACCGGUGAUGCACCAGACCUGUCAUCAAUGGGCGUGGGAGGUCCGUCAACCAUCUUUGGAUGAAGCAUGGGCAGGCCACUUGUAGAACGAGAGUGUUCUCCACAAAGCUGGAGAUUCUUUGUAGAUACCUAAGUUACCUCAAAGGCCGUGCUCUCGCCCUGAGGCGAAGAUCAUACCCGUGGAGACACUUUUUGAAUUCCAAUACCCUCAAACACCCAACACGCUGUUUGUGUCUAUCUGAUAGUCUCACA